GUUCGGGAUAAUUCUAUUCAGUCACUAGUUAUUAUAGUCCGCGCACAAUCGUUUUAAAUCCGAUACCACCGCACUCGAGAAUUCGCAACUAAACCGUUGACAUUGUUUUAGUAAUUCGUCUGUAAACGUAUAUGUGAUAUUGUUAACUUUACGUUUUUCGUCAACGUCGAUCGAUUUAACACAGCGUUUUUCCCGCGACCGUCGGCCAACAGAAGUUCGGUUUACAACAUUAAUUUCCAACUAGAAGCAACUAAUUUCCUGGCACAUAAUACGUUAUACUCUUUUAUACAUAUAAAACAGGUAAAUAAUUCCAGCUAUUUGUGAUUAUAAUAAAUUACAAAAAUAUGUAGGUACCGCAGAACCAUACGAAUCUAUGUUUGUUGGACGACUUAAUGAAAAAUCCCGUUCACAUGCAAAAUUUAAAAUAAACCUGAAAAUCGUCGUUUUGAACUUACAAACGUUUGGUUUUCAGGUUCAUUACUUAGAUAAUUAGGUCUGGUAUAAUCUUUAACUCAAAAAUGAUAGUAACAUUGAACGAUUUAUUUUUAAUUUAUAGGUCAUUUUUUGUACCUUAAAAAAAGUGAAAAAAAUAACUGACAUAAUAUACAAGUUCUUAGUAAAUUGUAUUUUUAACCUUGAAGUAACAUUCUUUUUUCCUCAGACUGAUAGACUUAAAUUAACAAAAAAUAAUUUUAAAAAAAAAAACUGAUACUGGACUGGUGUGCCAUUGUUGUGGGUGGGAAGUUGGAAAGAUAGGGUACGCAAAGUUGUUUAAUUUAAAAUUUUAACCUACGAUAAACCAUUGCUGACAAAAUACGAUUCAAAGCAAAGUUCAAUUACACAUAAUUUGAAAGAUCGUAGUUUUUACGAUCUUCGUCAACAUUUUAUAUUAACUUACAGAGUAUGACUUUUAAAUUUUUAAAAUUUUUUUUUUGUCUAUUGCGCAUUUUUAUUUAGAUAAAUUAUUUUUUAUUUUUCUGCCGGCAGGCAACAUCUCAUACACUCAUGGUCAAAUGUAUUUUUUUUUUUUUUUUUAAUAAUGUUUUAUAGACAAUUAUACGGUAAAAAUUCUCAUAAUAUAAAAUACAACAUUUCACUUUAUUUAUUUAUUUUAUUUUACGACUAAGUACGACUUAAAAUAAACCUCUUGUUAAAUGUUCAAGCAAUUCUGUAAAUCAAACAGUUUUUUUCUGCAAAAUACACCUACCAAACAAAAAUUUACGUGAAAAACCCACAAAAUUAAAAUGUCUAUAUAAAUAGCUAAACAAAAGGCGAAUAUACUGAAAAUACCACCACUAUAAAAAGCAAAUAUAAGUUGUCUGUAAAAAAUUUCAAGUCUAUAAUAUAUAAAUGUAAGCAAGGAUUACCAAUUUUGGGUGGAGUAAAGUUAAUAAUGUUGCUUUAUCAUUAUUGUAUCUGUCAUAUUAUAAUAAAAUAAUUACAUUUUUUUUAUAAUAUUAGUUGAAUAUUGUAUCUAAAUUCCCGUUCUCCCGGUUUUCCCAUAUUUUUCCAGGGUUUUUCCCAUUUAAUGUAAAAACUCCUGGGAAAAUCAAAAAAUAACUUCCCUAAAGCACCACUCCAAUCAGAUUUCCUCUUAGAAAAAGUACUAUAGAAUAAUUAUUUAAUUAAUUCUUUAAGUUUUCACGAAAACUUGAAAUUUUCAAAACGUUUGAUUCCUUUUUAAGCUAAUUAUAGACAUUUAAAUUUUGCUUUUUUUUUCGUUAUUUUUUAUAGUAGGUACUCUGUGGUUAAAAUUAUUAGAUUAAACAGAAAUGCUAAAAUAUUUACCAGGAAGUUUUGUUAAUUUCGUACUUUGUGGUCAAAAAAAAUUCGAGCUUUAUGUAGCAUUUAUUUUUAGUAAAAUAAUAAAGUAAAAACAAAAUUAUUAAAACGGUUAAUGCUCGUUAAUAAAUAUAUAAAUAAAUAAAUGAAUGCCUGGAGUAUUAUAAUAAGUGUAUUAUAAAAAUUUAUCAACAAGUAUACCACAGUCAAAAUGUAAACGUGACUGCAUUUUUACCUGAUGAUAGUCGUUUUUCGAUUUUUUCAAGAGUUUUCUCAUCAAAUUUGAAAAACCGGAAAAUACAUGAAAUAUAAGUAUUAGUUAAAAUAUAUUAUGGCGGCCUUCUUUUUUCUGUGCAUAACUUUUUUUCCAGAAAUUUUGCUCCAACUUUUAAUAAUAUCAAUGUUUCUAAAAGGAAAUUUCACUAGGGAGGUACUUUAGAGAGGUCAUUUUUCGAUUUUCUCAGGAUUUUUCCCAGCAAAUGUGAAAAACCGGGGGAAACGUAGGAAAAUCAGUACAGCAUUAAACAAAUAUUAUUAAAGAAAAUAUUUAAAGCCUAUUUAAUUAUUGUACAAUAAAAUGACACAUAUAUAUCGAUUGAACUCCGCUCAGAAUAGUUUUUUCGUAAGCAAUGGUUUAUCGUUGCUUGCAGGUGUACAUUAAAUAAUAUACAACAGUGGCUGUACCCGUCCCCGUUAUCCUAGGACGUCUUUUUUAAAGUGACUCCGUAGAUAAAAGAUACAAAAGGCCAUCAUAAUUGAUAAUCAGUGCGAUAGUUGGAUACUGGAAUAAGUCAGUGUUAUCGGUCGAUAAUAUUUCUAAAAAUAAUAACACACUUCGCGGUAACGCGGAUAGGUGUAUACCUAAACGCAUAAGUACAACUAGACCCGCCAACCUUGGGGGUUCUAAAAUUAUAGACACACAUCAUAAACCACGAUAACAGGUAAAAGAGACACAGAAAAAAAAAUACUGCAAAAAGAUAAUAACGAUAUUUAUUACUUAAAAAAAAAAAAAUAAUAAAAAAAUAGUCUAAUUAAUUAAAACGCUUUAAAGUUAAUAUUUAAAACAUUAAUUAAUUAAUUAAAAAGAAAAAAAAGAGUACCUUUAAAUAGUUUAAAAAAUAAAAUUGUAUUUAAAAAUGUUCAAAUGUUCAUUUGGUUGUGUACGAUUCCUAAAUUCGGAUCUUAAUCGUGUAACUUGGGGUUCAUAAUUCCGAGGAAUUUCAAUAACGAAAAGGUACAUAAUAUUUUCAAGUCUUUUGUGUCUACCCAACGUAUUUAAUAAUACAUACAUGUAGCCAAUAACAUAUAUAUUUAAAUUUGUUUAAUACAAUAAUUUCCAUAACAAUCAAACAACAAUUUUGCUUCAACUGAACAAGAUAAACUGAACAAGAUGAAGUUCAUUUCGAACUGGUUUAAAUUAGUAUAGGUAGUAUAUAAUCAAAAAAGAGCUGAUACUGGGAAUGUAAGAGGCCACUGUUAUAGGUGAGAAUUAAGGAAGGUAUAGUACAUAAGGUUAUUUAAUUUAUAUCUGUAAGCAACGAUAAACCUGACUGACCUGCUCGACGAAAGACGAUCCGAGCGCAGUUCGCUAAUACAUGAUUUGAAAUGCAAUAUUUUUUGCGAUUUUCGUUGAAAUUUGAUUUCAAAACGCUUAUUAAAAAAAAAAAAAAAAACCUCGUCCGAUUAUUUUGGAAAUUUUACCACAUUAUUCUGGAGAUAUCGUUCAAUAUACCGUUGAGAAAUAACGAUCAUUUCAACAUUUUUAAAUUACCUGUAAUUUUUAGAAAAAAAAAUUUUUAUUAAAGCGCACCAUCUUGUACGCCAAAUUGCUGUCAUCUUUUUAUUAUUUGUGUUUUAACUUUAAACCCAAACUUAAACAAGUUCUACUUAAACAGCGUAAACAUAUAUCAACUAUUAAAAAUCGCCGGUUUUAGUUUUGAUUAUUUAAUAUUUUAACCUACAACGUUGCUGGUUGUCUCAUCAUUCACAUCACAAGAAGUGAAUUACACCUCUUAAAGCUUAGGUACUCGUAUAUACUAUUCAUGACACUGAUUUACUAAAAUCUAUUUAGUUUCCCUUCUAAUUGAAUUGUGUCUUUCGUAUCUCGCGUAUGUAAUAUAAUUGUACGUUUUAAUUAGUAUUCAUUAGUACGCGCGUGCCGCAGUAAUCAUCGGAAUGUGAGAAUAUAUUUUUAACGAAGUUCAUGUUUCAACACCUAUAAUCGCCAAAAUAACACUAAAAUAUCAUUAAACAACUCAUAUUAUAUAAGUAAAUUUCUACUAUAUUACAAACCGAUUUCGACAUCGUCGUCUUCUUCCUACUCGCACACCCUCCACACAUCGUUUCCCAGCUAUUCGAGUUGACCGCCGAUACUAAAAUAGUAAAAAUAGUACAAUAUUAAACAAUAAUUUAAGAGUUUUUUCUCUCACACGCAUAUCUAUAACACUCAAUAUAUCCGUAAAAAAAAUAUUAUUUUAUGAUUAAAAUGUUCAAACGUCUGCAAUAUUAGAUAAUUUAAUACCUAGUUAUGUAAUUUGAAAAAUGCAUGAUAAACUAAUAAACGUUGCUCAUAAUAAUUAUUUCAAGUACGUACUCGAACAUAAGAUUGAAAUAAAUAUAUUAAUAUACAGUUUGUCCCGCGAAGAUACAACUAUUGUGAUAUCUCGGAAAAUGUUCAACUCUCGUCGAUCGUUCUUUUUUUCUUUUUUUUUUGCCAAUUUAUAAUUAUAAUAAUAAUAAUAACUGUUUAUUCAAAUGAAACGUAUAGCUCUAAAAUAUUACAUUACCUAUUUUAGUCAGCCUUAUUUUGAGAGGUGAAACUGCCACCAACGUUUGACUUUUAACAAGCCAUUUACGUUAAAAAUGUUAUAAAUAGACGACGUUGUAGUUUAAAAAAUAAUUGAAAAUGUUUAAUUUCCGUCGACAGAAGGACAGCGUAGUGGAUCAUCAUUUGUGUGGCGGCAUCUGAAUAGUGAUCUGUUGUAGAAAUAAUUGUGCAAACAAAUAACGGAAGUUUAACACGUUUUAGAAGAGUUUAUAUUUUUAAAUUAUAGAGAAAAAAAACGAUAAUUCCAAAAAUAGUCAAUACUUCCGAGACGUUGCAAUGAGUAUAUCUUCACAGAAUACUCUGUAUGUAGUUAGAUCAUCAACUAUAUAAAAACGAUUUAUAAACUUAAUUACACAAUAUAUUUCAUUUUUUUUUUUCAAUUUAAUCAAAAACAUUUCAGACGAAACAGGCCGUUACAGGCCUCCAACGUCUCACCUAAAACAGUAACCCACCCAUCGUACGGAGUAUAUGUCCGUUUGUUGUUUUUUUUUUUUUAAUCUUAGUUUUUGUCAUUGUAACCAAUAAGGGAGACCGAUAAUCGAUGAAAAUGGCAAUGCACCAGUUUAGCCGUAUUGAUGUUGAUUUAUUUUGUUUUACUCGAGAAUCAAGAAAAAUUGUCCAAAUAAAUAGACUCUAUGAAUAAAUCCUGGAAACUUCUCAACAAUGAGAAUUUAAAAGCCGCAUCCAAAGAAGCACAAUUGUAUUCAAUAAAUCAAUUUGGUUUCCUUGUACUGGUUUUUGAUAUCAAAAAAAAAACAGGAAAAAUUAGGAGUAUAAACUGGUAAAAGAGCGUAUUUAUGUACAGAAAAUUAUGUUGGUAAUGUCAACUAAAAGAUAUCCAGACGGCCGUUUAAAAUAUAAUUAAACACUGAUUUGUUAAAAAGGCGUAUACCACAUUUAAUGCAAGUAUACUUUGUGUUCAAAGUAUGAUGUGUACGAGAAAUUGUAUUGGUUUCCAUGAUAAACAUCAUUAAAAACUGUUUUGCAAAGAAACAGUUUUUUUUUUUCUUCCCGAAAAAAAGUGUUUUAGUGGUACAUGUCCUUUUAAAAAACACCGUCGAUAUUAGUUCAAUAUAAAAUUACUAAAUAACUAAUGGAGUCUUUUGUAUUUUUAUGCGAAUCGAGGGGGGAUAUAUUAUCAUCCCCCAUUGCGCACGCCACUGCUCAUUACGUGUGACAUUACGUCACAGUCCACACGUCACCCUGUAAAACCAUAAAGAAUUUCCUCGGUGUAAUAAAAUAAGCUAAACCGAACGCAAAUUAUUUUAUAAUAUUAUUCGGGUUCGAAUUGCCGGCAAAUAUUUAUUAUAAUACGUAUAAAAUACGACUACAGCUGCAGUAUGCUAUUAUCAAUAUUGACGGAACGACGUGUAUUUAUAAAUAACACUUCGGCCGUCCGUUUUCACGCGUAAAUAUAUGUACACACGAGUAGGACGUCAUAUGGGAAAUACAAUUUUUCGGGUUCUCGAGUACCUUUUUGACGACCGCUGUAUAUAUUCUAUUGAACACAGCGCGUUUACCGAUGUAAACAAAUAUUUUAUAAAACGUCGUCGUCCUCGUCUUUGUCGGGGUUUAGCGCAACGUUUUCGGACGAUCGAAAAACAUGGGGCCGCGGUUAUUUGCGAAGGACAAUACGUCACUGUGGCCGUAUAAUACGCUGCAAUACUUGUUAUGAUAACAUAAUAUUAUCUUGUGUGCUCUGUCAUUUACACCGUUCAAAUAUUAGUAACGGUGGUGAGAGCCAGGAGGGUAUCGACAGAACACGGACUCUACACCGUCGGUCGGAAAACGGUUUAAAAAAAAAUACGUACACGGGUGGUUACAUGAAAAGGGUAAAAUGGUAAAAAUGCUGAUAUAAGUUGAAAAGAGCAAAAAUAUUUUGAAAACUACCGGAUGACCCAUUUUUAAGCGGGUACACUCAUUAUCUCGGAAAAUAUGAACUUUCUCCGGAAUUCGUUUUCUAGAACAUUAAAAAAAUAAGCUGCUCUACAAUUUUGUAUUUAUUUUAUUUUUGGGGGGUAAAACCACUACCUACAUUCGAUUUUCAAAUGGCAACCUAUAUUAUAAAAAUUUCACAAAUAGAUGCAUUAUUAGUUAAAAUACAUUUCAAAAAAGCCAUGUUUGUCCUUGUUACGAUAACAACGACAAUAUACCCUACGAUUUAUUUUAAAUCUUCAUAAUAUUAUGGGUAUAUAUAAACACGGAUAGAGUUAUUUUUAAAGUCGUAACAAUUUUUUAUUAGUUAUUAUUACGUGGUAUGCCGUGGGCAAUUACAUAGACAUUAAAAAAAAACUAAUUUUACCGGUUAUUAUAAUCAUACAUAAUACAACUUAUUCCAUAAAUUUUAACGCAUAUUAGCAGAUACACGUACACCAAAAGAAAAUAUCAAACGAUAACAGUAAACAAUAAUAUUAUGGACUGUGGUAAACACGGUGAAUUUUAAUAUAAAAUUUUGAAGAAAAUCGUUUAAGUAAAAAAUUACGUGUAACAAAUCUAGCUACUGGUUCAUGCAAAUUGAUCAAUGGUUUUUGUUUUUUAUCAUAUAUUAUGUAUACCUAAUACAGAUUUAAGAACUAUGAUUAAUUCAGAACUGAGAGGACUGACUUAGUUUCGAAAUUAUAGCCUGUUGAAGUUCUAAUAUCAUGUGGAUAUUAUAUGUGUUAUGUCAAAUAACUCAAUAAUGUCAAUUUUGCAAUAUGUAUGUCGAAGUCUAGUGGUGGUAUAUACCUGUUAACAUCCCAGAGGUCGCAAGUUCAAACUCGAGAUCCGUAUAACCUUCUUUUUUUUUAUACGCUUUAAAAUCAAAUUUUGAUGAAAAUCGUAGAUGUUACGACCUUACUUCACUCCGAAUCGUUAUCAAUAGUUUAUCGUUGAUUUCAGGUAUAAAUUAAACAACUAUAUGUAUCCCACAUUGCCCACUACUCAUCUACAACAGUGGCCGCAUCCAUCCCCAGUCUUUUUUUUAAUUGAUUUCAUUACCUUAUUACUUCUCGAUGGGCAGAUUCAGCUAUCACAGAAAUUGUUUUUUUAUAACGUGAUUCCGUACUCGCAGUUCAGUCUUGCUUUCGAAAAGUUGCUACGAUUUGCGCGUAGAGUAACGCUAUUAAAUAAUUACUAUACUGAAUUAAUUGAUUUUAAUUUUAGAGAAACAUUGCAAAAAUACGCCCAUUUAUGGUUUUUGAAUGAAAUAACACCUAGAAUAAAAACUUCUAUGACACGAUAGCUGCCUAUCGAGAAGUAAUAAGGUAAUGAAAUCAACUUAAAAAAAUACGGGGGGCGGAUGCGGCCACUGUUCUCUAGGUGAGUAGUGAGGAAAGUGGGAUACACGUAGUUGUUUAAUGUAUACCUGAAAUCAAUGAUAAACUAGUAUUUAAAUAGCAAUUUUCGUAACACACGUACUUCUCAUAGUCAACACGAAUGAUCGAAUUUCAUAAAAAAAAACUACUUAAGUUGCAAUGUUAUUUCGGUUCCUAUAUGUUUAAUUUAAUUUAAAUUUUAUAAUUUGUCCUCGAGUGAUAAUCUUCAAUAAUGAUUAUUUUUCAAUUAUUGUUUUUUGUUUUCAGAAUACAGCGUGACAAAAUAAAUACACCCAAUUAAACAAUAUUCUAUUUAUUAUCUAUUAUAUUUAUUUAUAACAGUAUAACGACGAACCUAGGUGAUAAUUUCACCAACAUUACCUAUCGGUUUACGUUAAUUUUUAAUUUUUUUUUUUUUUUCUAUAAUAUUUUAUCAUAUUUUUUGUGACGCUUAAAUAAAUUAUGCUAUAAUGUGAAAACUAAAACAAAACAAAAACUGUUUAGCAAAAAUAAAAUUACGACACGGAUCCCUAAAUAAUUGUUACUGUUAUGUAAUACGACCAUUUUAACAAUUAUUUUAGUCAAUUAUUAUUAUUGUGAUGUGUUAAAUGUUAAAAAUAAAAUAAAUAAAUAACUGCAGUGAAUAAAAGUAACAGUUUGCAAUACGAUACUAAAAACAUAAAAAAAGAAAAAAAACAACGAAAACAUAUUAUAUAUCUACGGCAUAACAUAAUAUAAUAAUAACAGUCAAGAAUCGAGAUUUCACUCAGUCAGUGAACACGGCACCGCAUUUGACCGUCUGCACUCCAGGUACAAGAUUUUUUUUUUAUUAUAAUAUUCAUAUUUCAUGUUCGUUAAUGUUCGAUCAAUAAUUUACCAUUUAUUUUUUUUUUUUUACAUCUUAAUAAUAUUUCGUCUAAUAAAAAACGUGAUUAGUUUUAUUAUAAUAUACUUAUAGAAAUCAAUUAAAACGAUAUUUUACGACUUACAUUAGUAUAUUGUUCAUUCGUCGCGAACCAAAAAACAAGGCCGAAUCGGUUGGUCAUUUUUCACAUAAUAUCGCUGUUUAAAGUCCUGUUUGGCAAAAUUCUGAUUUUCUCCGCGAUCGAGUGACUCGCACGUUCAAUAUUCUCUCAGCUCCAGAGACUAAACUAGGUAAUAUUUUAUUUUUCCUUUACCCCCUAAAUGAAAAUAUUGAUAUCUAUCUAAUUGUUAUCUAAGAUAAGAACAAACAAAUAUCUUUUUAGUAAUUUUCUAGAUUAAACACAGGUACCUAAAACAAACAAAAAAUAGUGAUAAAGAUAAAAUGUUUUAUCAGUAGUAAAAAUUUUGGACAACUGUACAGAUAAUAGUUAAGUGUAAAAAUACUGUUAACUGCGAAAAAAAGUUUAUUUUUCAAUCGGGUUUUUUUUUUUUUUUAAUUUUUUCGAACAAUUGCAUUCUGAACCGAAAUAAAAAUAUAAUAUUCGUGCACAAUAAUAGGUACCUAUAUAUUGUAUCAUGAUUUUUUUUUUAUACGCAAUACGUCGCGUAAGUUCGUACCGUUAUUCAAAAGUCGUACGACAUUAUUCAAUCGUUACAUUGACGGGACUUAUUGUUUAGACGGACCUCGGCGACGUCUUGAGAACACGUCGAAAUUUCAACAUUUCCGCGUUAUUUUUUUUAUUUUUUUCUCUUUUUAUUCCACGCACGCGGUUAUCGAGUAUAUUUCAUUUAUUCAUAUUAUAUUUUUCGCGAUCGCGUAUUACUGCAAACAAACUGUUUGUAAGUAUUAAAUUGUUAUUAUUAGUACGGGUACCCCGUCUUGUGUUACGAAUGUCGCGGUAUCAUUAUAGACACGGCCGAACAAUUAAAAUUAUUAUUGUUAUUAUUAUUAUUAUUACGCGAAAAAAAAAAAAAACAAUAAACACAUUAUUGUAAUAUCUAAUUAACGGAUAUAACGAGCAGACGGUAAAAAAUUUAAUUGUUCCGCGGUGUGCACGACCUCUAAAACAAAACAGCGAUUCGCGGGAAAAAUAAAAUAUAUCGAGAAUAUUUAGCGCCCGGAUGUUGCGCGGAUAAUUUGUCUUAUUUGUAAGUAUGAUAACAGGUCGAUUCACUUUUAAUCAUUUGGCUAACAGCACUAGUUCGUUACCGCUGGACGCGCGUUCGUGAGAACGCGACGUGCUUGACCGCGAUCGUUUUAUAACAACAACGGCAACGAUUACAAUAAUCGUACGCUCGUUGGUUUGUCCGUUGCCGUACUGACGUGCCCGUCGCUGUGUGUUGCUUGCAGGGCGACACGGUGUUCUGAAUGUGCACAUUAAGUCGUUGGACACGCACGCAGUCGUUACAGCAGUACGAUGACGGACUCGGCGAACUUGUCGACGUUUCUAGCGGCGCUCUCCGUGUUCUGUUUGCGGCCGUGUCCGGCCGUCAAUCUGAACGCGCUCACGUUUAUCGGCGACCGUUACCGCAUGAACCUCAUCCCGUUCCGGGAGGACCCGUUGUUCGGCAAUAAACCGAUACUGGACGAAUACGAUUUCAUUGUGGUCGGUUCGGGGGCGUCGGGCGCCACGGUCGCCAGGAGGCUGGCCGAGGUGCCGGACUGGAAAGUGUUGCUGCUCGAGGCGGGCAAACAGGAAUCGUUCGCUACGUCGGUGCCGACCAUCGCGCAUUACUUUCAUUUCACCGACUACAAUUGGGCGUUCAAAACCGAGAAUGAACCCAAUUCCUGUUUCGGCGUCGUCGACAAGAGGUGCGCGUGGCCGCAAGGCAAAGGGGUGGGCGGCAGUACGAUCAUCAACAACAACAUAUACACGCGGGGCAACGUGAGAGAUUUCGACCGUUGGGCCGAAGCGGGCAACCCGGGAUGGUCGUACAAAGACGUGUUGCCGUAUUUUCUGAAAAACGAAGACAUUACCAUUCCGGAGCUGAAACGUUCGCCGUAUCACGGUGUCGGGGGACCGAUGCCGAUAAGCUACUCCCCGUUCAAAUCGAAGCUGCUCGAUGCGUUUCUCGAAUCUGCCCCGCAGGUGGGAUUGCGCGUGGUCGAUUACAACGACCCGAACAGCCACGUGGGCUUUUCGAGAAUCCAAGGGACCAUAAACUACGGUCGGCGGGUCACGUCGGCCAAAGCCUAUCUGAGAACCAACCUGACGAAUCUUCACAUCGUCGAAGCGGCCUUCGUCACGAAAAUACUGAUCGACCCGAACACCAAAGUCACGUUGGGCGUGGAAUUCGAAAAGGGGAACCGGCAGCGGAGAGCGCUGGCGAGAAAAGAAGUUAUCGUGUCGGCGGGCGCUUUCAACACCCCCAAACUCUUAAUGCUAUCCGGCGUCGGGCCCAGAGAACAUCUCGAACCCUUAGGAAUAAAAACCAUAAGCGACUUGCGGGUCGGCGACAACUUGCAGGAACACCCUUCGUACGCGAACCUCGCGUUCACCGUGAAUCAGACCAUAGGGCUGAUACCCGAACGGCUAUACAAACAAUUGAUACGCGAGUUGUUUAAUUUGUACGACGGGUCCGGCUGGUUGACGACAAUGGGCUGCGAAGGGCUUGGUUACGUGAAAACGAAAUACAACACGGACCCGGGAGACGUGCCGGACAUAGAAUACAUUUUCGUGCCGAUGACCGUAGCGGGCGAAGAAGGUCUGGGAAACAGUCUGCUGAGAAGGAGCAUGGCGAUACCGGACAGUGUUCAUUACGAUCUGCACAAAGGCAUACUCAACAAGGACGGAUGGUCGAUUUGGACCAUGCUCAUGUAUCCCGAGAGCAGAGGUCAAGUACGUGAAAUAUUGUAUAAUUAUAUUCUAACAUAAGUUACUUCGAUGAUAAGCAUAAGUUAAUUCGAGGUUUUUUUUUUUUUUUUUUACGUAUAUCUUAACCGCGACCGUGUAGGCCUGUUUUCGCUCUUCGGCGUCAAAGUGCAAAUAAUAAUUGUUACGCGUGUUAUAAUGUUACGCUGUUCAUUCUCGCAGGUCCGACUGAGAAACGCCAAUCCUUAUUCGAAACCCGUGAUCCGAGCCAACUUUUUCGACAGUUCCGUCGACCUCUAUCGUAUCGUAGAAGCCAUCAAGAUGGUCAUAGAACUCAAUAAAACGCCCGCUUUCCAAAAACUCGGGUCCACUCUGAGUACGCGGACCGUGCCCGGCUGCAGGCACCUGAAAUACGGCACGGACCCGUACUGGGCGUGCUGCGUCCAAAGACUGACGAUGCAAAUGCAUCACCAGGCCGGCACGUGCAAAAUGGGACCGGAACACGACCGGAACGCGGUGGUCAGCCCGCAGCUUUCGGUUUACGGGGUGUCCAGGCUGAGGGUCAUCGACUGUUCGAUCAUGCCGACAAUCACGGGCGGCCAUACCGUCGCGCCGGCUUACAUGAUUGGCGAAAAAGGAGCCGACCUGGUCAAGUCGACUUGGUUAAAUUGAUUGAUAUAUGUAAAUUUAUUUAUUUUUUUUAUUUUUAUUUUUUUUCACGCGACGACGCGCUGUACAUACAUUUAAUAACGCGUAAGUGCAUUAUUUAUCGUUUAUAUUACACCGUUCAACUAGAAGACUUAAACGUAAUACAGUGUAUAUUACAAUGUAAUGGUUGCCUUGAAAUGUUAAACUAUAAACGUCGCUUUAUCUAUAUUGGGCAUAUCGUUUUUUAACAUUUGUGCAAUUUCAAAAUUAAACAACAAUAAUACCUUUUUUUGAUUAUUUUACUUAUUCCGAGGCGUUCAGGCCCGUCGCCGCUACCGCCGCGUCUUAGACACCCAAUGUUGUAAAGAACAAUUUUAUAAAAUAUCUGAGUAUGAUUUAAAAUAAUCUUCAAAAAUUGUAUUCGAAUACUUUUUUUGUAAUGUAUUUUAGUAAAAUUUUAAAUACUAAUUUUUUUUUUCCAAUCACUCAACUAUAUUAAUGAUAACAAUAUAAAAAUUACAAUACAAAACCCAAAUGUCGAUACGUAUUUUUUAUAUUUUUUUUUUUAAAUCCUAAAUAUAAGUAGAGC